ACAAAAGGUUGCAUAUAUUUUAGGCGUAUCUCACAUCAAAUUCAGUUCAAUGUGAAGUAUAACAUAAUUUGUCUAGUUUAAUAAAUUUCGUGUAUCCAAUUUCAAAAUCCAACGUGUGCCGAAAAUUUCAAUUUUUUUGAACUCUAAUGUAUAGAGACAAUAAGUUGUGCUACUUUUUACAAACCCAACAGUAUCAAUAAACAGCUAGUCACUAGUUAAGGUACAAUCAACGAGAUUCAUACUCUCCCAUUUAAUUUGUGUUCAAACCAAACCUCGAAAAUAUUGCCUCAAAUUGUUUUUUUUAAAUGUAAAUAAAGUGUAAGCCUCGAAUAGUGUAAGUUUGUCACAAUUAUUGCGUGAAUAAAUUUACGGCAUUAUUUCAAAAGUUUAUCUACAAAGCAAUAAUGUUGGACAAUAAAAUGAAUGACAUUCAUUUGGAGACAAUAAGCAUCAGUUAUUUCGAUAAAGUAAUAGAUCAUUUGCGGCAAACAUUCUUCGCGGAUGAACCUUUGAACAAAGCUGUGGAACUAACCCGUCCAGGCCAGGGUCAUAAACUUUUAGAACUUCACUGCUUGUCUACAUUGAAGGAUAACGUAAGCGUUAUGGCCAUUACAAAUGAUGGACAGAUUGCUGGAGUCGCUCUGAAUGGAAUUCUUCGUGGGAAUGAUGAUAUAUUACAAGCCAUGGAAAAAUUAAACUAUGUAUACGAUGAAAGUUUUAAGAAAAUUUUCAAAUUGUUAUAUGAACAGAACUUGAAAAUUGACCUUUUCAACCAUUUUAAUGUAGAUAAAAUGUUCGAAAUUCGAAUUUUGUCCGUUGAUACCAAAUUUCGUGGACAAGGAUUGGCGAAAAAAUUAAUAGCGAAAAGCGAAGAGGUGGCUUUAGAGCAUAACAUCAAGGUAAUAAAAACAGACGCAACUGGAGCUUUUUCCCAACGAGUUGUAGGAUCGCUCGGUUUUGUAACUAAGGGAGAAAUCAAGUAUAAAGACUAUCUAGACGAACAAGGAGAUACAAUUUUUGUGGUUGACCCUCCUCAUGAAAAGUUAAAAAUUAUGUGCAAAAUAAUCAAUUGAGAAUUUUGUUGAUAACAUUUAGGUGCGUAAGGGUUUGGCUGUCAUAUGAAAAGAGAAAAAAAAAUAUGAGUAAUAUUGAAUGUUGAUACAACCAUACUGAGAUAAUAUUUUCGGGAAACAUAACGAAACAACUAAAUGAACUAUGAAAUAAUGGUUCUUGGUAGCUAUAAUUGUGAAAAUUCUCCGAGACUUACAGUUUUAGUGUUUUGUUUUCAUUUCAUCAAAUCAUCAAGAUAAU